AUGGCUGCCCCCGCCAGCAAGUUCAAGGUCGCUGACCUGUCCCUUGCCGCCUUCGGCCGCAAGGAGAUUGAGCUCGCCGAGAAUGAGAUGCCUGGUCUAAUGGCCAUUCGAAAGAAGUAUGCCGCAGACCAGCCCCUUGCCGGUGCCCGUAUCGCCGGUUGCCUGCACAUGACUAUCCAGACCGCUGUCCUGAUCGAGACCCUAACGUCUCUUGGUGCUGAAGUUACCUGGACUUCUUGCAACAUCUUCUCCACCCAAGACCACGCCGCCGCUGCCAUUGCUGCUGCUGGUGUCCCCGUCUUCGCCUGGAAGGGUGAGACCGACGAGGAGUACAACUGGUGUCUAGAACAGCAAUUGUCCGCUUUCAAGGAUGGCAAGAAGCUUAACCUCAUCCUCGAUGACGGUGGUGACUUGACCCACCUUGUCCACGACAAGUACCCUGAGAUGCUCAAGGACUGCUUCGGUGUCUCUGAGGAGACUACCACUGGUGUCCACCACCUUUACCGCAUGUUGAAGAACAAGACUCUGCUCGUCCCAGCCAUCAAUGUCAACGACAGCGUUACCAAGAGCAAGUUUGACAACCUCUACGGCUGCCGUGAGUCUCUGAUCGACGGUAUCAAGCGCGCCACCGAUGUCAUGAUUGCUGGCAAGAUCGCUGUCGUUGCCGGUUUCGGUGAUGUCGGUAAGGGCUGUGCCAUGGCUCUUCAGGGUAUGGGUGCUCGCGUCCUCGUUACUGAGGUAGACCCCAUCAACGCCCUCCAGGCUGCCAUGGCCGGUUUCCAGGUUACCACAAUGGAGAAGGCUGCUCCUUCUGCCCAGAUCUUCGUCACCACCACCGGCUGCCGAGACAUUCUGGUUGGAAAGCACUUCGAGGCUAUGCCUAAUGAUGCUAUCGUCUGCAACAUUGGUCACUUUGAUAUCGAGAUUGACGUUGCCUGGUUGAAGAAGAAUGCCAAGAGCGUCCAAAACAUCAAGCCCCAGGUCGACCGCUUCCUCAUGGCAAACGGCCGACACAUCAUUCUCCUAGCCGAGGGCCGUCUUGUCAACCUGGGUUGUGCCACUGGUCACUCAUCUUUCGUCAUGUCCUGCUCUUUCAGCAACCAAGUGCUUGCUCAGAUUAUGUUGUACAAGGCCCAGGACAAGGCCUUUGGCCAGAAAUAUGUUGCCUUCGCCAAGACGGAAAAGCUUUCCGUGGGUGUCUAUGUGUUGCCUAAGAUUCUUGACGAGGAAGUGGCCAGACUCCACUUGUCUCAUGUCAACGCUGAGGUUACACCCCUCACCAAGGUACAAAGUGAAUACCUCGGACUAGACGUUGAGGGUCCUUACAAGAGCGACCAGUAUGUUUUACCUCCUUAUUCAUAUCCUCACUAA